AUGGGCCAGGGAACCACCACUGGCAAUGUCAUCAGCCAUCUGAUCCUUCUGCUACUACUGGGAAAUGGAGAGAGUGGUCUCAUGGAAGAAGGAGCAAUGAUCUCUGGUCGCCAUUCCCAGCUCAAUGUUGACGAUGAUGUGGUCCUCAACAAUUCAGGAAGCGACUGGGAGAAAGCACAGAAGGCAAGGAACGACCGCCAUAAACGACAAGUGUAUAAGCCAGCUGUUCUCUGGAAAGACAACACAAUUUUCUAUGAUUUCGAAGAUGAUAUUGGUAAUAUCUUUUUCAGCUUCACCGAAGACGAAUACACUCGGAAGAUUUUUAAAAAAGCAGUCGAUCAUAUAAGCUCCCGUACAUGCAUUGAUUUCCAAGAAGAUCCAACAGCUGGAAACCGUAUACAUAUCAAAUAUGAUUAUAAAAGGAACGGAUGCUGGUCAGAUAUGGGAGUGCAAGGUGGUGUGCAGAACAUGUGGUUGGGAAAAGGCUGCCUUCAUGUGGGCCCUAUAAUCCACGAAAUGGUGCACACUCUUGGUGUAGGUCACAUGCACAACCGUGAUGAUCGAGACGACUACAUCCAAGUCGACUUUUCAUCAAUGAAGGAAAAUACUACAAGUCAAUUCAAAAGGAUGAUUGCUGACGAAGUAAUCAACUAUACUCCGUACGAAUAUGGCAGUAUUAUGCACUACGGCGCAGAUGCGUUUACCAGAAAUGGUAACAUAACGAUUGCGCCUCUCGACCAGACCUACUUGUGGACGAUCGGAUCGCCUAUACCUUCUUUCUACGACAUAUCUACUCUCAACAAACUCUAUAACUGCACCGGUAUCGUUAUUUUUGGUCAAGACUGCUGCCGGUGUGGAGCAGAUUUAAAUAGGACUACGUGCUCAAACGGAGGAGUGCCAAAUCCGAGACAGUGUGAUGUGUGCCUUUGUCCAUACGGUUACGGCGGCAGAUAUUGUGAUGAACGGGCGCCGCUAGGUAAAUGGAUAGAAGUUCGAGUAAUAGGGGUACCAUCCAAUCUUUGCUACUAUGGUUGCUGCUACGGUGCCAUUGAACCCAAGGUUCUGAUGGAUAAAAUGGUCACAAAUCCCGAGAUAUUGUUGCGAGGAGCAGCUCAACAAAACUCUCAUAAGCAAGCUCAAUCCGACACCAAUCUUUUCAUACAGCGUUUUUCGCAAAUCAGUAUUCACAUUCCAGUACAGAUAUAA